GUGACGUCGACGGAAACCGUGACUGCGGGCUUUUUUUCUACCACCGACACAUAUUGCUUUUAAAGGCGCUCGCUCACAGCCCAGUGGCUUCAGCUGCCAACGACCGAUGCACCCGCUGCCGCUGACGCCGCCGCGCGCUCUGCUGUCCGUUAAAUAGACCGACAACAACAAAGACAACGGCGCUCGUCCCGCGCGUGAGGGGCUGAAUGUACGAGGUGAAGAGGUCUACAGUACCAGCGUCCGAUUGUAACGUGGGCAAUUUCUCGUCAACAUUAAUGAAGCUUUCAAGGCUUUUUGAUUGAUCGGCAAAUAGAUGGGGAUUCUCCGGGGAGCUCCGCCCACCUGCGUCGCCUGCCGCCCCCCACCCCCCACCGCCGUCGGCCCCUGCUGCUUCCACCCCGUUCCCCCCCGGCCCUCUGCCCAUGCCUGCCUGCAGCCCCCCGCUCUUAACAUGACACUGGAACUCACCGAGUGGCCUUCCAAAUGGAUUUUGUCCACAGCCAAUAGACAAUAAGCUUGGAAAAAGUAGGAGGAGACAUGUCGAUGUCUGAAUAAGCCACACACACACACACACACACACACACACACACACACACACACACACACACACACACACACACACACACACACACACACACACACACACACACACACACACACACUCUCAUGUUCAUACACUCACAUGCUUCGCUCACUCUUAGACAUAACGCACCUGUGGAAUGUAUCUUGCGCCUUUACUGUGAAAAUAAUUCGACCACUUCCUUUCGCGCCACUCAAGGGCACAGGAGGACCUCAAUGCCGACGGAGUUGGAUGAUACUUUUAUUUUGAAGGCCGGCGUUUAGCGGCUUGGCUGACCAGGCUCACAUUUUUGUUUUUUUGGAGCCCGGUUUUACGCCCAAAGCUUAAAUUAAUUCCCCCCCCCCCCCACCCCAACCAGAAGAAGCUUUUCACUAUCAUCCCAAUUGUGUGAUUAUACCUGAAUGCUAAUUGUAAGCACCACUGCACCUACUUAGCUUUGUUAUCACUCAAUGCUAUGCUGUAAUUCAGUAUUAGGUGGACAAUAACAAUUUUGCCAUUCUACAUUUAUACAGAUAUACAUUAUUUUUCACCCAUUAUAUCACAAACAAAAACAGCAUACAUAAGUAUAGAUUGAGUAUUACCGCUGGGUGUUUUUUUUUUUCUUUGGUUUCGGUUUGUUUUGGUCUUUCCCGGAGAGAAAGCAAUUCCCUGUGUUUCCACCGUCCUACCACGCCACUGACCGGGGGGGCGGUCGUCACAGAGCUGCAGGGGGGGCGCGCGCUUGUCUUCCGUCGCGUGCAUGCGCUCCGCCAUGCCUCCCCAGAACGCCGACGCCGGCGACUCCGUGUCUGGAUCUGUGGUGGGCCUGGUGGAGUCCAAGACCCCCGGCCCGGGCCGCCGCGGCGGGGAGGAGGAGGAGGGAGGCGGGAAGGGCGGGAGGAACGGCGGGGGCCGAGAGACGGCGAGUUCGGGGGGAGAUGGAGAGGCAGGAGGAGGAGGAGGAGGAGGAGGAGGGGGAGCGGAGGAGGCGAGCGAGGGGGCCGCCGUGGAGGGGAUCCCGUUGAAGAGGUGGCUGAUGCACGGCGCGGUGAUGUUCGGACGGGAGUUCUGCUACGCCAUGGAGACGGCCCUGGUGACGCCCGUCCUGCUGCAGAUAGGCCUCCCGGAGCAGUACUACAGCCUCACCUGGUUCCUGAGCCCCAUCCUGGGCCUGCUGGUCACGCCCCUGAUCGGCUCGGCCAGCGACCGCUGCACGCUGGCCUGGGGCCGGCGCCGGCCCUUCAUCCUGGCCCUGUGCGUGGGCACCCUGCUGGGCGUGGCCCUCUUCCUCAACGGCUCUCUGAUGGGUCUGGCGCUGGGUGACAAGCAGGGCAGCCAGCCAAUAGGGAUCGUUCUGACGGUGCUGGGGGUGGUGGUGUUGGACUUCAGCGCCGACGCCUCGGACGGCCCCAUCCGAGCGUACCUCCUGGACGUGGCCAACACGGAGGAGCAGGACAUGGCCCUGAACAUCCACGCCGCAUCGGCCGGUCUGGGCGGGGCGGUGGGCUACGCCCUGGGGGGCCUGGACUGGACCCACACCUUCCUGGGUCAGAUCUUCAAGUCCCAGGAGCAGAUCCUCUUCGUGUUCGCCGCCUUCUUCUUCACCAUCUCCGUGGUGCUGCACCUGCUCAGCAUCGACGAGCAGCAGUACUCCCCGCAGGGCGACCGCAUCGACCAGGAGAGUCCAGAGCACCCCCACGCUUUAACCUCUGGGAAGACUGGUGCUGCUCCACAGCUGACCAUGAUCGGCGAAGAUGAGCUGAUGGACAGCUACGGCCUUUACGACCCGUACGAAGACGACCAAUCGGAGAAUGGCAAUGUAGACAUAGACUUCCGGGAGGUGGAGCUUAUUCGGAGUAAGAGCGACAGCGUGCUGGCCAUGGCCGACGCCACCCUGGACCACAUGGACCACCUGGACCACGAGACCCUGUUCCUGCAGCAGAUCGAGCCCUCCAUCUUCGCCGACCACCUGUCCUCCUACCACGGCUCCCCCACCCGGACCCUGUCCUUGUUCUCCCACCGCGGCUCUCCCCCGCCGCCCCCGGACCACCUCCACCCCCAGGAGAACCCCGAUGCCGACAGCCGGUCCCACACGCCGGUGGCCCGGGUCUCCCGCCUCUCGGCCUUCCUGCAGGAGAUGGACAACGACGACGGCCAGGAGGCGCUGCUCAACAACCGGCUCAGCGAGCAGCACACGCCCAACGGCCGGCUGCUGGCCAACGUGGGGAACGCUCACCGGGCCAGCGUGAACGGGAUCAGCGCUAAGGGCCAGGCGCACAAGGCCGGCAUGGUGAAAGCGGCCAGCACGGGCGCGCCGGCCCGCCAGCAGCAGCUGGCGCUGUCGUCGCGGCGCCACCACACCUUCUACCGCCAGCCCUCCUGCACCUUCUCCUACUAUGGCCGCGUGGGCAGCCGCCGCUGCCGCCUCAGCCACCAGCCCCGGCGCCGCGGCCACAACCCCAACGCCACGCUGCUCAUCAAGCCCUCGCGCAGCAUGAACGACGUGUGUGAGGUGGAGGAGGAGCGGAGGCACCACCACCACCACCACCACCAGCAGCAGCAGCAGCAGCAGCAGCAGCAGCAGGGGCAGCAGGGGCAGGGGCAGGGCAGCAGGGUGAACAGGGGCAGCAGGAGGCUCCGCCACCAGAGCGUCCACACCGCCUCCUCCUCCAGCGGGGACACGGAGAGCGACGUGGAGGUGGAGACCACGGUUCAGCUGCUGUGGAUGUCCAUGCUGAAGAUGCCCCCGGAGCUGCUGAGGCUGUGUGUGUGCCACCUGCUCACCUGGUUCUCCAUCAUCGCCGAGGCCGUCUUCUACACAGACUUCAUGGGACAGGUCAUCUACCACGGAGACCCCACCGCGCCGGCUAACUCUACAGCGCUAGAUAACUACCACAGAGGAGUCCAGAUGGGUUGCUGGGGGCUGGUCAUAUACGCCAUGACAGCUGCUGUAUGCUCGGCCAUCCUUCAGAAGUAUCUGGACAACUUUGACCUGAGCAUCAAGGUCAUCUACCUCGUUGGUACUCUGGCGUUCUCCGUCGGCACCGCCGUCAUGGCGAUUUUCCCCACCGUCUACGUUGCCAUGGUGAUGAUCAGUAGCAUGGGGGUGAUCUCUAUGAGCAUCUCCUACUGUCCCUAUGCCCUGCUGGGCCAGUACCACGAGAUCAAACGGUACGUCCACCACAGUCCCGGUAACUCCCGCAGAGGCUUCGGCGUGGACUGUGCCAUCCUGACCUGUCAGGUGUACAUCAGCCAGAUCCUGGUGGCGUCGGCGCUGGGCUCGGUGGUCGAGGCGUGCGGCAGCGUGCGCGUCAUUCCCAUGGUGGCCUCCGGGGGCUCCCUGCUGGGCUUCUUCACCGCCCUGUUCCUGGUCAUCUACCCCGCGCCCCACGGAGGGGAGGCGGAGUCAGCUAAGGCGCUGGAGAGGCGGGCCUUGACAGCGCCGGAACAGACCAAUGGCAACCGAUUGUCGGUCAGUGUCGUCAUAGAUACACCAAGCUUCCUGAGGCUCGGCAAGAAAACCAGUACGGUCACCACAACCACCACCACCACCGACAAUUCCACUCCCUGUCACCUGGGCAACGAGUCUGCUCUGUGAUCGUUUGGCUCCCCUGGAACAGGGCGGGACCCUCGCAGAGAACUGUUGAGAUGGCCGCCGCAGAAAUCAAUACCAUUGACUCCAUAACCAAGGGAACCAGCAAUCGAAGGAGACCCGCCUCUUUGUCCGUUUGUCUUCCAGCCGAGAGUGAUGAAUGCGAAGAACUUUGACCUUUCCAAAUAGCGUUCCAAAAGGAGGGGAGAAGAUGGGACCUCUAGCUGACACUGGCCGAUCUAAUACCUCCUAUUUCGGGCCUUUAGUUUUUUCCGUGGAUGUUCAAACCAACGUAUUCAUUCUGGCUCGUGACCGGCGGAGUCGUCGCGACCUGAUUGGUUCAGCACGAGUCCUGGCCAGCCGUCAACCAAUCACGACAAGCCAUCAACCAAAUUCCUCUCCUACACAUCCGACAAAAUAACCUGCUCUAAAGGAAGAUGUGUGUGUUUUUUGUGCGUGAAAGAUCCAUUUAUAUCACUCAGGGCCUCUAGGGGGUGCUAACGAGCAACCACCUGGACAGUAAUCUUCAGGGGACUUUGUUUUACACACAUACACAUAUACACACAUACACACACACACACAUGCGUGAUCCAUCCCUCGGGAUUACGGUUGAGGUCAAUGGUGGACAACGUUGACUAGCUGAUAAACUAACCCUGUCCCUGAAAGCUGCAAUUAUGGGAAAAUAACAUCGGAGUUCUUCCUCACCGAUUGGGACUACAGAUGACGAAAAUUGUGUUGGAAUUAGUCUGUUGGUCCGAAAACAGGCAUCGCACUAAACCACACGGAACCAUGGGACAUAAGACAAUCCGUGCUCUGCUCUGUGGAAGAAACGGGAUCAGGUUACUGUCGCUUUAAGACUCUUGAACAGCAAUGUUUCUUCAGACAUUUUGGGACUUUUGGCCUUGUUUAUGAUCCAAAAAAACCUCUUCUCCGAUGGCUCAGCGUAAUCAGGACUGUUGCCCGGGGGGGGGGGGGGGGAUUCCUUGACCACAGUGUGAUCCAUUUCCAUUAAUCACGGCAUAAUACUGUCAAGUCUUAUUGACCCCCAGAGAGACACAUCUGCUCCUUGUAGAGUCCCGUGCCGAACGUGUUCUAGGACACCCUCGCUCUGAACGGCGUCGGGGUCCUGAGGGCUUUCUGUUUAAAAGGUUAACCCAGGAGUUAAAAAGAAAAAGCACUUGAAACUUGAUCAUAGCUGAAUUCACUUAAAAGUCCCAACUUCUGGUAAGUUGCCAAAUGCAAUAUAUGGGCAGUGCUAGGGGCAUUACUCCAGGUCAGACAAAGCUGAAAAAAACAAAACAGUGCUACUUCUUUAUUUUCCUUUUCUUUCUCAACACUUGGUGUCCUACAAUGAAUCUCCGUCGACAAUGUUAAGGCUGAUGUUAAGGCUUUUGUUUUGGGUUGUUUCUAAGUUUUAUCUGACGAAUCCUAAUAACAGGACUCUGUAUAUGCUGCAUGCCGUUGGCUCUGGGGAGGGGGGUUGCGAAACAAACACGCGAGGCAGGAUCGGAUGGGAUUCAGCCUUCUCUGCUCUCGCCCCUCACUUCGCUUUCGCGUCUGUCAGCACCACGUCUGCAAUGCAUGACCGCUCUCUUUGUUUUUGCUGAUGAAAGUAUUGAGUCAUCUGUGGUCUGGAAGAAAACAGCCAGGUGGAUGGUUUUUAGGGGGUGCCUGGCAAUCGCCCCCUUCCUCCGAUAGGUCCUUCCCCCUUGUUACUUCAGCAGAUUUCCCAAAGCUGUACGGUGGAGCAGUGAAACCAAACAAGGCUCUAAUCAAGAUUGUGGAAGAGGAGAUGAGUGGGGAGUUAUUCGACAGAAACAGGGUGACAAUUAAAGGGAAGAUCAGAUGUUGUUGGUAUGGCUUUGAGCCUUUCUGGUUGUGCUGUCAGGGGCUGAAAACUAAAACUUGAUGGAGAACAGUGCUGGAUGGGAGACAGAAUAGAAAUAUGAAUGGAUGUGAGACGUAGUAGAAACCAUCUGAAUGGGUUUGAGGUUAAGUAGGGAUGGGAUAUACAGUGCCUGGAGGAAGAGUGUCUUGUUAAGGGACAUGGUUGGACACAUUGGAGAGUAGAUGUCUCUGGCUGUGAGUUGAAAUCUUUUCUGAAUACUGUCGAGUUCACGUCUCCAUUGUUGAAAUUCAAUGUAAUCCAAGUCCUACUUUGAUGGACAAUGUCAGCUUGUUGAGAGGUUAACCUUUGGGCGGUAGAGUAUAAGUUGGAACCUACAAUUUUAAGCACGUUUAAAUCAUAGAAAAAUUCGGGAAAAGGGUGGUUUUAAUUCACCCAAGUAGCAUUCUCUGCCCAAAAGGACAACAAUCACUUUCGGUUCCCUUACCCGUUGGUUAUUUGGUUUCCUCUCUUGUUGUGGCUCGAGUUAAAGGCCUGUGUUAAUUCAAUCUUGAUGUCCCUCCCUCUGUCUUCUGGUUGUGUGAUUGGCCGAUCCUUGAUGGCAUGGAGGCCCAAGGCAGCUGUGAGUGGACAGUGCAAGGUGUAACUAUAAAAUGGUUACAGGUGCAAGUAGUGACAUUAGAUGAGUGCAGAAUAAAUGCAGAUUUAGUGAAAGCUGAUGUUACGUUAAGCUGUGAUAGGUAGACGUAUAUAUUUUCUAAUAUAUAUUAUAUUAAGAAGGAAAGGUUUGAUGGUGCUUUAGGGGUUUAAUAUGUCAUGGCUAUUUGGCAUGUUUGUUAUUGGCUGAGAUUAGUAUUUGGAAUAUGAAAAAUUGGGAAGAUGCAUGCAAGUUAAAUAGAAAAGGUGCUAUCCCUUAUGUAUUACCCAUUUAAAUAAAAAUGAUGGAUGAUUUCACCAACCAUAGUUAAUCUAUAAGAAAGGAAGUCGAAAAGGCCUCUUUUUAUUUCACCGUUAUUGGUCGAAUCCCCAACUGAAAUGGUAUCUGUCAGUGGUAGUCAGGAUAUUGGCUGGCCUGUAUAUUCGGCCCAUGACGUUGUUUUCAUGAGUUUCAACAAACAAUUUCAGUUGUUUUUGUUCCCCUCGGGGUGUUACAUCAUCCUCAUCACUUUGUUUUGGUUAUUAAAAGCCCUGGGAGCCUGGACUGGUAGACCUGGGAUACACAUACACUAACGCGUAACAGUAAUCCACAAGGGACCCCUGUGUUUGUUCUCGAGGGAGGUUUGCAUGCAACACCGCGGUGCAUGUGGAAAAAAAAGCCAAAGUACAAUUCCCUCAUUUUGAUUGCCCCAAUACUUUCUAAUGCGCUGCUGAUGCAUGGUUGGAUGCUGCUUUCUCCUGCUUGAACUCCCUGUUUAGAAACCCACCAACAUGCACUCAGCCCAAACAUCAUGUCAGGGGCCCAUUCGACAAGGCCCUCAGGUUCAACAAAUCGUUGUUUGGUUCCAGCACGACGCGGGUGUAGUGAUUCAACACAGCCGCUCGCUUGUAUUGUGGGCAAGUACAACGCAUCAAAACAUGAUAAGUAUAAUAUCUCAGCUGUGACGCCGAGCUGUGUACACUGAUUUGUUGAAACUGACGAGCCCUUGCGAGGCAGAACUAAAUACUUGUGGUGCGACUUCAGUAUGUCUGUGAAAGUGUAACGGGGGAAGUUACACGUCUGAGCUUGGCUUAUGGCGGCGGGCCCAUGGCCGGGGACUGUGGAAUGUGUUCACAGAGUGGCCUGCUGGGAGAUUGUGUUGUUUUCCUGCUUUUUUGAUUCCAUCAGGUGACUUGGGGUGACCGAGGUCAAUGAAUGUAAAAAGGGGUUUCAACUGAAAUCCCUUUAAGUUUCAUGGUUUAACAAGCCGGG